AAAAUUUCCACCAACUCAUCUACAGCAAACCAAAACAAACCUCUCACCGAAACGCACAGCACACCGUCGUUUCACACCAAAAAAAAAUGUCAACCGGAGCCACAAAAUGCAGCAAGAUCCGCCACAUUGUGAAGCUCCGCCAGUUGCUGCGGCGGUGGCGCUGCAAGGCCCGCAUGUCGUCAGCUAGCCGCACACCGUCGGAUGUCCCAGCGGGACACGUGGCGAUCUGCGUCGGCCCCUACUGCACCAGAUACGUCAUGCCCGCGUCGUACCUUAACCACCCCGUGUUCAAGAAGCUCCUCGUACAAGCCGAGGAGGAGUACGGCUUCACUAACCAAGGCCCGCUGGCGAUCCCAUGCGACGAGUCACUCUUUGAAGAGGUGGUCCGGUACAUUUCCGGAUCGGAGUCCGGCGGGUCGGCCCGGUACUGCCACGUGGACGUGAGGAGUAACUUCGAUUUCUUGGCCGAUUCCCGACCGUUGCUUCGUGGCUUUUCCGAGAAAACAAUCUGGUAAAAAAGAACCAGCUGCUUUCGUAGUUGGUCUGUUCUUUGGUUUCUGAAACAAAUAAAGAUUGUACAAACGCUGCAUCGUCUCUGACCCGGGUGGUGACUCAGUCCGAGUUAACCCAGUUAGGUUGGGUUAUGGGGAGGUUUUUGCUUGCUGCAAAAUUUUUUAUUUUUAUUUUUUAUUCGAAAUAUUGGGGAAUUUGGGGUAGUGAGUUACUGAGCGAGUGACCGAGUUCAAACUCCGAAGAAUGCUAUGGAGAUGGCAAAAAAGGGUGGGGAUUUAUAUACACCGAGUCGUCCCGGGUUCGAAUCGGAAUUGAGGCCAGGCAGGGUUUGUGAUUUUUGAUCGAAGACGAAGAUCAAAGCUAUUAUGACUCUAUGAGAAACAGAGUCGAUGAUUAGGGGGCUCUUUUCUUUUAAACUAUUGUAAAUUCUGUGAUUUAUUGAUUGAUUAAUGAAAAAAUUGUAGAGGGUUCCAGCA